UACGUCUAUUUCCAACAUGGAAGCCAUGAGAGGAGGCGUGUGUGUGACUUUGGCACUGUGCAGUUCAUGUAUUUCAUGGUAAUCAAGAGCGAUUUCCUGGUAAAUACUGCAAAAGUAAUCACAAUUGAAUACCGUAUUUUUGAAAGUUGUUUUGUUAAAUAUAGUUUUAACUUGUAUGCAUUAAUGCGGCGGGAAACAGUGUCCUAGUUGCAGCCAGCUAGCUAGCCGGCGUUGUCAAAUGUACAUUGCCUAUAAGAUAACGUUAGCUAGAUGUUAAGUUUUGAGGUCGUAUGCAAGCUGUAAGAUUAAUGACAUGGAGUGUAUAACGUUUAAUUUGAGUUUACAUGUCUUAUUUAAUACAAAUAUUUGAAAUAGGACGUUUUAUAGUUGGGCAACCAGCUAUCUCGUUAUAACUUAUCUAGUUAGUUGGGUUAGCAAGCCCUCCCUCCCCCCAGGCAUCAUACAGUACUUUGACUAUUCAUUCCUAGCUGUGAAGGCGGUGAUUGUCAGGGAGGACUCUUCACGUUAACAAGACAAGCGAGUGUUGGCUGUAUACUAGCUAUACCUUGACUUUGGAACUUUCACAAAUAAGUCACAGUGUGCCGAACAAAAUGCUCCUGUCGCUGGUUGUGCACACAUACUCUUUGCGGUAUUGGUUUCCUGCCACGGUGAUGCUAGGCACAGCACCGGCUUACCUUCUGUCAUGGGGUGCCUGGCGCUUGCUGUCUACCAUCUUACCAGCAAGACUAUACCACCGGCUAGACGACAAUAUCUACUCCAUCUAUCAGAGCAUGGUCCUCUUUUUCUUUGAGAACUACACGGGUGUGGAGAUUGUUAUUUAUGGAGAUAUGCCAAAGAAAAAAGAGAAUGUGGUCUACAUUUCCAACCAUCAAUGUACCGCGGACUGGAUCAUUGCUGACAUGUUGGCCAUCAGGCAGGAUUCUAUUGGCCAUAUAAGAUACGUUCUUAAAGAUGGUCUGAAGUGGCUUCCGCUGUAUGGAUGGUACUUCUCUCAGCACGGAGGUGUCUACGUUAAGCGAAGUGCAAAGUUUGAUGAGAAGGCAAUGAAAAAAAAACUCCUCUCACAGACAGACCUGGGGACACCGAUGUAUCUUGUUAUUUUCCCUGAGGGAACUCGGUAUAACCCAGAGCUCAAGAAUGUGAUCACAGAAAGUCAAGAUUUUGCCUCCAAACAAGGACUGGCUGUUCUAGGCCACACACUGACCCCCAGGAUGAAGGCCUCGCACAUCGCCGUGGAAACCAUGAAGGACCACUUGGAGGCUAUUUAUGAUGUCACAGUGGCAUACGAGGGAACAGUUGGUGCCAACGGUGAAAGACGGCCUGCCCCAACAAUGCCAGAAUUCCUGUGCAAGGAAUGCCCCAGAGUCCACAUUCACUUUGAACGUGUGGACAUGAAGGAAAUUCCUCUGGAGCCAGUGUUUUUCCGCAGGUGGCUGCAUGAGAGAUUUGAGAUCAAGGACCAGCUGCUGUCCUCGUUCUACGAGUCGGAGGACCAAAACACAAAAUGCAGGUUCCCUGGACAAAGCAAGAUAUCUCCCCUGAGCUUCACGAAAACAUUGCCAUCCCUACUAUUUUUGGGAGGACUGACACUGCCGAUGCUGUUGACUGAGUCAGGCAGAAAACUGUACAUCCGAACCUGGCUGUAUGGGACUCUGCUGGGCUGGCUCUGGGUGAAUGUUAGCCCCUGAGUGGAGGAUUGAUUACUGCCAUCAUGACAUCCUCGAUGGCCAUGGACAGACCCUGCCUUUAUUCUACACUUAUAAAGCAAUGAGUGGAGUUUUAAAAUACUGGUUCAGAUGGAGCUCCAAAUAGUUUUGAUUUUCAUCUGGCUGAUUGUCUGACCUUAACUGUAAGAAUAAUGCUGUGGAAAGGAUAGAAAGAAAUGUUUCAUAUACCCUGGUCGAUUUGACCAUGAAAAG